AUGCCGAACCUUCUUGUUGUUUCCACAGCCCUUUUGGGACUAUAUGUUUUGUACUACCUCGUCCAGGUAACUCGCCAUGAACUUCGGAUUCGGAAGAUAGGAGGCGUGCGGGCGCCUCGACUGGCUACGAACCCCUUGACAUCGGCACUAUGGUUUACCAAUGCUGCGCGGGCGCAGAUGCGGCACAGGCUACUCGAGUUCUUCGAUUCUUGCUUCGCUCAGGCAAACCCAGCGAUGGGCGAAUGUGUCGAGAUCCAGGUCAAGCCCAAUGAGCGCUAUAUAUUGACGCGAGACCCAGAGCACGUCAAGGCCAUUUUGACAACCAACUUUGGGAGUUUUGGAAAAGGCCCCUCAUUCAACGAACUAUGGCGCCCCUUCCUAGGCGACAGCAUCUUCACGACAGACGGCCAACUUUGGCACGACAGCCGGUCCCUAAUCCGCCCCAUGUUCAUCAAAGACCGCGUCUCCGACCUCGCCAUCUUCGAGCGAUGGACCUCCGCCCUGGUCGACAAGAUCCCACGCGACGGCACCUACGUCGACAUUAUGGAUCUCUUCUACCGGAUGACGCUCGACGUGACGACCGACUUCCUCCUUGGAACCAGCGUCAACAGCCUCGCCAACCCGCGCAACCAUUUCGCCGAGGCCUUCAACGAUGUCCAACGCAUUCAGAUGCUACUCACCACCAUCGGUCCCUUUUCGGAUAUCGUGCCGCGGUCCACUUACCGCCGGCACAUCGCGACCAUCGACCGUUUCGUGGUCCCGUUUAUUGAUCAGGCGCUUAGUCUCCCGAUGGAGGAACUCGAGAAAUUGACCUCAUCCGAUCGUACGUUUACGUUCUUGCAUAGUAUUGCGAGGUACACCCGUGAUCCUCGCGUGCUCCGCGACCAGAUUGUUGCCGUUCUACUGGCGGGGCGGGAUACCACGGCCGCCACCUUGUCCUGGGCUUUAUACGAACUCUCGCGCUAUCCGGACAAAUUCCAGCGCUUGCGGUCUGAGGUCGUGGAUGCCGUAGGACGCACCCGCACGCCCACGUAUGAGGAUUUGAAGAAUAUGAAGUACCUCCGGCACGUGCUUGACGAGACGCUAAGGCUGUACCCGGCCGUGCCGUAUAAUUUGCGGUCGGCACUGAGGGAUACCACGAUUCCGGGAGCGCUAGGUCAGCUGCCAAUAAGCGUCGUUGAGGGAGAUAUCGUCGUGUACAGCACGUUGAGCAUGCAGAGGAGACCGGAGCUGUAUCCGCCUGUCAGUGAUAAGUUUGCCGAUCCGGCGGUGUUUAGUCCCGAAAGGUGGGAGACCUGGACGCCCAGGGCGUGGUUGUAUGUUCCGUUCAAUGGCGGGCCGAGGAUAUGCGUGGGCCAGAAUUUCGCGUUGACCGAGAUGUCUUAUUGCUUGGUCAGGGUCUUGCAAAAGUUCGACCGUGUCGAGUACUGUGGCGAUUGGGACGCCCAAUACCAUGUCCCCGAGGUUGUUGGGCGGCCGGGGCAGGGUGUCAAGGUUGUGAUGCACGAAGAGUGUGAGAGGAUUGCGGGCGACGGGGGUUCGCCGCGGCCGUUCGCUUGAGUGG